AUGGAAAUCGCCCGUAGACGGUAUCUACGUUUGCAGAACUUGUCCACAAAGUUGACACCUCAAGGCAAUGUGAGUAGGUGUGUGCCUGAGACCAAAAUAGAACUGAUUUCCCAAAAAGCAGUUCCCGCGGAAUACGGCCCGUUCGAUCCGGAUCAAGCCACGGAGGAACGAAAGAAUGGGAGGAAGCGAACCGAUAACGCUGUUCGCGCUAAGGGUGCUCGGACCGGUCACCGUGAAUCCAUUCAGAGCGGAGAAGCACAAACAAGCAAUCGGCUGGGCAAAAAGACACGUCAAAGUCAACGGGCCACAAUUAUGCUGAUCGUAGUUGUGGUCAGUUUUGUCAUUACCGAAGCUCCUCAGGGGGUGUUCAACACACUCGUGGCCGUGAAAGGGGAAUGCUUUCAUUCAACUGUCUAUGUGCCUCUGGGUGAUGUGUUGGAUUUGGCCGUUCUGUUGAAUUCAUCGAUCAAUUUCAUUCUCUACUGUACAAUGUCCCAAAUGUUCCGAGCCAAUUUUGCCCGACUUAUUUAUAAAAUAUGUCCCUGCCUCUGUACGCGUCUGAUUCGGGUCAGUUCGGUGCACAGUCGUACCGCAGCGAAUUCCGUAAUACCUCAGUCCCAUAAGAAUCCGUUGGUCAUCGCACCAAACACAUGCGAUCAGAUCAAUCACAGACUGGUGCCAUUUCGUCAGAUUACAUCCGAACAGCCACGGCAGCCGGACGUGAACGCGUCUGUGAGAACGGUUAAACCUGUUUGA